CAAAUCAAUUCACAUAUUUCUCUCUAAAUCUCUUUCUCUCUCCUUAUAAAACACCAAAUCUAGCCUUAUAUCAAAAUAGAAAAAAUAAUAUUACAUGAGAGAUGGCUGAACAAAAUUUACCAGUAAUAGCAAAGAAGUUUUGGAACAUUGUACGUAUUGCAUUUUUCAUGUUGAGGAAAGGCAUAUCAAAGCGAAAACUAAUGCUCGAUCUCAACUUAAUUAUGAAGCGUGGCAAAAUCGUUAGUAAAGCCGCUAUACAAAAUCUCAUGUUCCACCACAUGACUCACCAAUUUUCGUUCGCGUUCACAACUCACCGUAGCGGUCGUGAUAAAAAUUUACCCUUCUCUCCUCAACACAACGAGUAUGAAUUCAGUUGUAGCAACACCCUGAAUUUCCAACUCCCUUCCUUCAACUUCAACAAGAAAAACAAAAAUAAAUAUUUUUUUUCAAAGUCGCAGUCCCAGGCAUAUGAUAUGUCUGGGACCGCGACUCAUGAGGAUGAUGUGAUUGUUGUGAAUGCGGCCGUGAUGAAAGCGCUAGAGAUGAUUCAUGAGAGUGAAACGGCUUCCCCCGGGGCAAACUACUUGCCCGGGUUCGGAAGGACACCUAUGGUUAGGCAACUACGAGUCACUGACUCACCGUUUCCACUAAACGCGGAAGGAGAUAGCCACGUGGAUGAGGCGGCUGAAGCCUUCAUUUCCAAGUUUUACCGAAAUCUGAGGUGGCAAGCCUCGCCGUGUGCUUAAUAGUAUAUUCGAUCGAGGGGUUUUAAUGCAUGCAUAAUAUAUAUAAUAUAAUUAUAUAUAAGUAUGAAGAUUGGGAGCUGUGAAUAGUGUACGUGCAGCUUGUUUGCAUGUACAUAUAUAUGAUUUCCGUUCUCUCUUCAAGUUUUUUUUUUCUUCUUUUUUUGGGGGUAUUUUGGGAAUUUACAUAAAAGAAAAUAAUAUGAUUAGUAUUUAAAUGAAAUGUAAUCUUCCCUUUUUUUUCCUCUAAUACUCUCUUAGUUUGUUUUUACUUGUUUAUUUUGGAUUUUGUAAGCUCCAUAAAAAAUAAUAAUUGAUAUGGAGAUUUUACUAUC